GUGCAAGGUUGUGCAAGGCUGUUCAAGGUGCAAAGGGGUAUCCAACAAGCUGAAACGUGCCUCAGGACGAAGCUUGACCAGUGCAGUGCACCCACACCAUCGCUCAGCCCUGGUGCAGUGCAAUCGCUCGGUGCUCUCUGUGCAGCACAUUGCAGCGCUCGCCUACGAGCACGCACGCGCGCAUUACUGCGUCGCAGACCAUGAGCGAGCACGUCCAAGACGCGGACGAUGCGGACGACGCCGACGACGCCUUCCAAACUCCAAAAUACUGGGACGCGUUUUACGACGACGAGGAGGUCUACGACUGGUACUCGGCCGCGGGCGCCAUGUAUGCUGCUUGCAGACGGGAAUUACGGCGGUUUAAACGAAGAGGCCGCGUGCUCGACGUGGGCUGCGGCACGGCGUCUCACUUAUCAGCUCUGGCGCAGCAUGCGGACGUGACGGGAGUCGACUUCUCGGAGACGGUGAUCAGCGCCAACAACGCCAGAAAGGAGGGCGUCAUCUACCUCGUCGAAGACGCCUCGUCCCUAUUUUCAUUGGAAGACAAUUCCUUCGACGUCGUGCUCGACAAGGGCUGCUUGGAUUGUUUUGUCUCGGCGCCCGACGCGUCGUUUGCGAGAAGGGACGCUUUUUUGCGCAGUGUGCAGCGCGUCCUCGAUGACGGUGGCGUCUACCUGUGCAUGCCCGUGUGUGGCGUGGACGUCGUGACUUUAUUGACGACUGGUCUUGCGAAGCGGGCGAAGCCGGACGUCGCCGGAGCGAUAUCUGAUGAAAGGGACGCCUGGGAAGUGCAACGGUCGGGUGAGAAUGGGUGCGCCUUCGAUAUUCUACAAAUCGUGGCCUCGCAGCAGAAGCACCUCUUCCGCUGCGCGCCCCGCGGCAACGACGUCGCGGCGCUCUGCGCGCAGCUGGAGGGCCUCGCCGCGGACGACGACGCCGGGGACUUCGACGACGCGCCCUCGACCGCGCUGACGCUCCGGCGGGGCUUCUUCUGCGGGAGCUGCGGCGGCGAGGUCGCGGCGCUGCAGUUCCCUUUGAUUGUUCCGGCGGCGUGCCCGAACUGCCGGGCGGACGUGCGGCGCUUCGCUAUGUCAUGA